AUGCAACAACCACAAAAUAUCACCACUUCCUCAAUUUCGAAUAAUAAUAAUAAUAACACCUCACUAACUUUACAACAACAACAAGAACAAUUACAACAACUACAAAUUAAAAGAAAGAGGAAUUUAAUGAAGCAAUUACAACAUGUUUCUCAUUAA